UCCCCGCCCCUGGGCCACCUCGCUUCAGCGCUCUUGGCCUCGGAUCGGUUGUCUCCGCCGCAGCUCCGCGUUCCUGCGCUGCCUGGGUCAUUCGGUGUGGCUCUCUGUUGACCAAACGUAGUGGAUGCAGUUUGCGCCGGAGGCCAGUCCAGCCCGCCACGAGGGUCAAUCCCGCAUUCCAGGGUUGCCCGGACCUCCUGCCCAGCAGCCGCCUCCUACUCCAGAAUUUCAGCUACUGAUGUUACAAACAACAAAAUAUUGGAACAUAGAGUUGAGGAAAAGACUUAAACCAGUUAAGGUAUGGAUCCUGAAGCAGAGAUACCACAUAUUACCAAAGUGACACCUCUCCAACAAAUGUUCGCAUCUUGUACUGGAGCUAUAUUGACAUCAUUAAUGGUGACACCCCUGGAUGUUGUUAAAAUUCGACUCCAAGCCCAAAACAAUCCAUUCCCCAAAGGAAAAUGUUUUGUAUACAGUAAUGGACUUAUGGAUCACCUAUGUGUCUGUGAAGAAGGCAACAAAGCAUGGUAUAAGAAGCCAGGACGUUUCCAGGGAACAUUGGAUGCCUUUUUGAAAAUCAUUCGAAAUGAGGGCAUUAAAUCUCUAUGGAGUGGCCUUCCCCCUACCUUAGUUAUGGCAGUUCCUGCCACAGUUAUUUAUUUUACCUGCUAUGACCAGUUAACUGAUCUUCUGAGAUCUAAAUUAGGAGAAAAUGAAAAUUGCAUACCAGUUGUUGCUGGAAUUGUGGCCAGGUUUGGUGCAGUAACUGUUAUAAGUCCAUUAGAAUUGAUUAGAACCAAGAUGCAGUCUAAGAAGUUUUCUUAUAAGGAACUACAUCAAUUUGUCAGCAAGAAAGUAUCUGAAGAUGGCUGGAUUUCCCUUUGGAAAGGCUGGGCUCCUACUGUUCUUAGAGAUGUACCAUUCUCAGCAAUGUAUUGGUAUAACUAUGAAGUUUUAAAGAAGUGGUUGUGUGUAAAAUCUGGUUUAUAUGAACCAACAUUUAUGAUCAACUUUACCUCAGGUGCAUUGUCUGGUUCUUUUGCAGCUAUUGUAACUUUGCCAUUUGAUGUGGUAAAAACACAAAAGCAGACACAGCUUUGGAUAUAUGAAAAUACUAAAAUUUCUAUGCCUUUGCAUAUGUCAACCUGGGCUAUAAUGAAGAACAUUGUUGCUAAGAAUGGACUUUCUGGAUUAUUUACAGGCCUAAUUCCUCGUUUAAUUAAAAUUGCUCCUGCUUGUGCCAUCAUGAUCAGUUCUUAUGAAUUUGGAAAGUCGUUCUUCCAGAAACAAAAUGCUCAAAGACAGCAAUACUAGUGAUGCAUUUUCAACUUGAAAUAACAACCAUAGCCAAAUAAUAUGGUGGAGACUCUGGCAAUAACUGUUUUCACCAUUAUCUUCUAUGACUUUAUAUUUCUUUCCUUCAAAUUUAAAUGAAUACUAAUUUCUACUUUGCCACUAAGACAUAAUCCUAGUUUUAAAAUAAAUUUUGUUAUUCUAAUUUUUGAGAUCAAAGAUUUCUAGAUAUGACAACCAUAGAGCAUUCUUGCAAAGAAAUGAAAUAAUUUUACUAUACUGAAAGCAAGCUCUGAGAGGUUGAUGCUACAGGUUUUGGUUUUACUUAAUCUUUUUGGGAAUGUGUCCCAUACAAAGAACAUUUUGAAUUUUGUGCUGAAUGGUAUGUAAUCUAGAAGAAAUAUGCCCAAAUCUUUCAUAUACAUUGAAAUCAGGUUUAUAUAUUUUUUAAAUUCUUUCACAGUAGAUACUAGAAGGUAGUCUUUAAAUAACAUUAUUGACAUUUACUAAAUAUUACUUGCUAUUUCCUUUAGUUCAAGUGUAUAAGGUUUUCUUUUAACCCUGCUUUUGUUUGAAGGUUUUUAUGUGUUGGGGUUUCUCUGAUCAAAGGUAUGGCGAGUUCAUCGUUCUGAACAAAAUGUAAUCAUUUAUUUAAUAUAAAUGCUGACAAAUGCUGCUACUUUUGAUGACUAAAGAUCCAGUACUAACUACUGCUAUUUGUAACAGAGAGGUUUUUUUUUUUUUAACUGAUUGUAUGAAAUGUUUACUGCAGUCAAACUUGGAUGUGAGUCAAAAAGCAUAUUGUAUUUAGACUAGUGAAAAUAAUGUUUCUAAAUAGGAAGGGUCUGGUGUCAGUCAUCUUGUAACUCAAGUAUCAUUGUGGACUUCUGUCACUUCUAUUGUUCUAGCAAAAUUAAGAUUAAAAUAUAUCAGUUCCAAAAUAUUUCCAUAAUGUCCUUUGAUUCUAUGAAUCUCCCAUUAGUAUGCUAGAGCGUGAAAUAGUUUCAUUGCAGAAUAGCUUUCUGUUACUUAGUGCUUAGUGCCUAAGUAAUUUAGUUUAAGAUUGUAAGAAAGACAAGAUAGCAUGACAAGAAAUGAUAUCUGAUUUUAUAGUUUUAUUUGACUUACCAAUAUCUAUAUCCUAUAAGAAAAAGCACUUUAGUAUAUGUGUAUUUUAUGGAAACAAUGCAUUUUUUUACCCCUAAAGUAGAAUACUAUAUUUAGUGUUGCUAGAGGAAUUCAUGUAUUUGAACUCAUGUAUUUUUAUUGUAGUAGAAAAGUAUUGCUGUACCAGAAAUAAACUGUAUAGGGUAGUACGUAACUUUUGUGUUUAUUUUAUCUUGUGUUGAAUUACCUAACAUUUGCUAUACCCAUAAAAUAGAAAUAAUUGACUUUAACUUUUAUUUUCAUUAAAAUAUUUUAUGCUUUUUGAG